AUGGCCGCAGAGCGCGUUCGCGUCAGAGGUCUCACCAUACACCGUCCUAUCAUCUAUGGCAAUACUGCAGUCGUGCUUACGCAGGAAGAACGGAAUGCAUUGACCACGUCCGACCACACUCACCGCUGGACGGUCGCGGUGCGUAGUGCUGCCUCUGCCCCGGACUCAGAUAUCGUCGGAGGUGCAGAUGACCUCGGCUAUUUCAUCAAACGCGUCACUUUCAAGCUGCACGAUACGUAUGCAAUGCCGACGAGAAACGUAGACAAAGCCCCCUUCGAGGUCUCGGAGACAGGUUGGGGUGAAUUCGAAAUUCAGAUGCGAAUAAAUUUCGUCAACGAAUCCGGGGAGAAGGGCGUUGUCCUCUAUCACCACUUAAAGCUGCAUCCAUGGACAGCGGUCGGUAGUAGCGAUCCUGAAAUUCCGUCCCUCGAGAAUGCCAUGAAAAUGGGGCCCGUCUAUUCAUGGCAGUACGACGAGAUUGUUUUCCACGAGCCUUACCAGACGUUCCUCAACAUCCUCACCGCACACCCGCCGACACCUCUACCAAAGAUAAAAAGAAACCCGGUGCCAUUCCACACCGCGAACCCGGGUUCCUUGGAAGCAUCCAAGGGCGGAGUGCCUGAGUUCACACAAGCGAUGGAAAAGGAAGAAGCGGAGAGGCUGGAAAAUGCCAGGAAGACGGUGAUUGCAGAGCAGGACAAGUGGAGGGAGAAGCUUAUCGAGAAGGAGAAAGAGCUCGACCAACUGCGACGACAGUUGGCAUCUAUGUCAUGA